ACAAAUCAUGGUCCACACUGGGCGGGCAUUGUGAAGCUGCUCUCAGAGUUAGCAGGCUAACUAGAAAAAGAAAGCUAACUUAUCGUCAGAGUGUAACAGGAGCUAACGUUAAAGGAAAAGACAACUGUCCCAAUAGCAGCGAGAAGUUUCCUUUUUGAGGGUUUGGAAUUAUUUUGGAUAAUAACAUUACAUAGUUUAUAGGUAGUUGAUCAAACACCGUGUUUAUCAGAUGCCUGUGGAUCAUUUCGGAUACUACAUCGCUUGUCCCAUUUCCAAACGGAAACCAUUUGUGGACAGACUAUUCGUGCUAGCUAGCCUAGCUGACUGAAUAAUUCAAGAGACUCUUCAUUGUCACUCAAAAAACAUACUGAAUGUUUUGUCUGUCAUGAGUCCGGCCGGUUGUUCCCAUGUGAACGGUUAUAAGGUGGAUAAUUGGAAACAAAACCUUCGAGUCAUAUACCAAUGCUUUGUUUGGAGUGGUACUGCUGAGACCAGAAGACGCAAGGCCAAGUCGUGUAUCUGUCACAUGUGUGGCGCCCACCUGAAUCGACUACACUCUUGUCUCUACUGCGUCUUUUUCGGCUGUUUUACAAAGAAACACAUCCACGAGCACGCAAAGAACAAGAGACACAAUCUUGCAAUAGACUUAUUAUACGGUGGAAUAUAUUGUUUUGUAUGUCAAGACUACAUAUAUGACAAAGAAAUGGAGCAGAUUGCCAAAGAGGAACAGAGAAAAGCUUGGAAAUUGCAAGGCAUUGGGGAGAAAUACACUACAUGGGAGCCGACCAAGAGGGAGCUAGAAUUAUUACGGCACAAUCCAAAGCGAAGGAAAAUCACUACAAACUGUACCAUAGGUCUACGAGGGCUAAUAAACCUGGGCAACACUUGUUUCAUGAACUGUAUUGUUCAGGCUCUAACACACACACCACUGCUGCGGGACUUCUUUCUCUCUGACAGACACAAGUGCGAGAUGCAAUCAAACUCGUGUUUGGUGUGUGAGAUGUCGCAGCUCUUUCAGGAGUUCUACUCGGGCCACCGUUCACCUCACAUUCCCUUCCGGCUGCUGCAUCUGGUGUGGACUCACGCGCGCCACCUCGCUGGCUACGAGCAGCAAGAUGCCCACGAGUUCCUCAUCGCGGCAUUAGACGUUCUACACAGACACUGCAAAGGAGACACCAUCAAUGACAAUGGAAAAAAGGCCAACAAUCCAAAUCACUGUAACUGCAUCAUUGACCAAAUCUUCACUGGGGGCCUGCAAUCAGACGUCACUUGUCAAGUUUGCCAUGGGGUUUCUACAACAAUAGAUCCAUUUUGGGACAUCAGUCUGGAUCUGCCGGGAUCAUCGACACCUUUCUGGCCCCUUAGCCCGGGAGGGGACAGCGGCACGGUAAACGGGGAGGGCCACCUGUCAGGAUCCACCACCCUCACAGACUGUCUGCGCAGGUUCACACGACCAGAGCAUCUCGGAAGCAGUGCCAAAAUCAAAUGUGGUGGUUGCCAUAGCUACCAGGAGUCUACCAAACAGUUAACGAUGAAGAAGCUCCCCAUCGUAGCAUGUUUCCAUCUUAAACGGUUUGAGCACUCGGCUAAACUGCGGAGGAAGAUUACGACGUACGUUUCCUUCCCGCUAGAGUUGGACAUGACGCCUUUCAUGGCGUCUAGUAAAGAGAGCAGAAUGAACGGACAGUAUCAGCAGACAGUGGAGGUAUUAAACAACGACAACAAGUAUUCCUUGUUUGCUGUUGUCAACCACCAAGGGACAUUAGAGAGUGGCCACUACACCAGCUUUAUCCGUCAGCACAAAGACCAGUGGUUCAAGUGUGAUGAUGCCAUUAUCACCAAGGCCAGCAUUAAGGAUGUACUUGAUAGCGAAGGGUAUCUCUUAUUCUACCAUAAACAUUUUCUUGAGUAUGAGUAAACUUUGUGACCAAAAAUCACGAAGAGCCACUGCUUCAAAGUGGGGGAGGGAGUGGAGGAACUGUGGGGGGGGGCAGGAUGAAAUGAAAACACACAAACCUACCUGAGACCUUUCUGCUCCUCCAGCUGUGGAGGACAAACAAAUAUGUGUAAAAUCAUGCAACCUUUAAAAAGGAUAAAAACAGUUAAAAAAAAAAACGAAUAAAACACAUAAAGGUAAGCAAGCACUGAGUUACUUCUUGGCACCUACUUGACAAAAUGAGGACAGGCGGAGGAUUGCUGCGUCUUAAGAUGGGCAGAGGGGGAAAAGGCCCUCGCUUUCCCUUCCUGCAGCAGGAAGAGUCUAAGUCGGGCACAUAUGGAUUUUUCCCCACAGUUUUCUGCCCCCCCUCCUUCCAUCUUCAACCCUUCAACUCUCUCCCAUGGUGCUCUCAUUUCAGCUGACCAAGCAUUUACCUGAGUCACGAUGGAGCGUCGUCAUAUGCAUAUAGAACUGACUGCAAAAAAAUCCAUGUAUAACUCAGUGUAUAAUGAACUCUGCAAGGACGUCUUUGCGGGUAUCUGUGUGAUACUUGUCACGUGUGAAGUUAGUUCUGAAAUACUGUACGGAUCGAAGUAUACGGCUAUUUUUUGAGAGCAAUGGGAGAGCUCAGAGACGCUGCAUCCGCCAGUUGCUGGGGAAGUGCUGCCAUGGAAACUAAACACAUUUGGACCUGAGUGUCUUCAUGUUCAUUUAUUUACAGUUUUUUAAGUCUGGCUGGGGGGAGGGAAUAUCUUUUUUUUUGCAACUCAUUGAAUUUUGAUAUUUUGUUUACUCUUCUUUUUCAGUGUAUUUUUUUUGUUUGUUUCAGUACCGCCGUAUGUCUCUAGUUGUCCUGGUACUCAAUGUUUUUUGGACUUUUCAUUCUCGUGGAAUCGUUGCUAUCUAUGAUGAUGGUGUUGAUAAAUUGGCUCUCCUUUACUGUUUUUGAGAAUAUUAUGUUGAAGAGAAAGAAGACUUGAGAAUAUAAACUCCAGAUCAUGUCCUGUAUGUGGGGAUCACGUGUUCCGCCCUUAACGAACACAUCUCCAUAGCGCACAAAAAAAGAAAAAAAUUAAAUACAAACUGCAUGCGACUGGGCUCUCAUGAUCUAAUGUGAAAAAAAAAAUGCCUGCCUUAAUGAUUGAAGGCUUCCCAUUGUAAUUUUUUUGUUUUAUAGUUUGUAAAAUUGAAAAGCGAAUAUGUGAAAUGUAUUGAGAGUAAAACACUUUGCACAUAUAUGGGCACUCUGUGACCACAGCCCAGCUCUGAAUCCAUCAGUGUUCUCCAUGGCAACCGUGGCUGGUGUAGAUCGGUGUGGUCUGCAGUGCAGUAAACCUGCUACUUAACUCAAUCAGUAUGCUGUCACAUCAGACUUUAUAUAAUGCAAAUACAUGUCAGGGUCUUGUGGUCACUUAUCGUGUUUGUAUGAAAAAUACAGAAUUAAAGAUUACCCCUCAGAUUUAAAAGAAAUAAAAAAAAGUGAGGGCUUUAACCUUUGACACAGUAAUGCAGAAUAUACACACAUAUAUAUGCGCACAUAUUAUCAAAAACACAACCCCUGUUUGUUUAGCUGCUCUCUGGUGAUAAAUAAACAUGCAUAUCUUUUGAUCUUCUGCUGUGAAGCCUCCACUAGAGGGCAGUAGUGGUUUUCAGACAAAAUGUAAAAUUCUGGUUUUAAUGCAUUGUGGAGCAGUUAAGGCCACCCAAGGACAUUCAGGGAAAAAAAAAGCUGAAACAAAAACGGAAGAGGAAAGCUUCAUUAUCUGUUUCAGUGAUUAAACUCAGAACUAAACUGGAA